CCCUUGUACGUAUAAAUAAUACAAUCCAUUAGUUUAACAUUAGAUUCUUUUUUUGCCUCAUUUAGGUACAUACUCCCAUUUCACAAAUUUCCCUUUAAACCAAUUCCAUUCCCUUUCCUUUUUCCAGAAAAGGAAAAACAUUUUCUUCUCUCUACAAAUAUCCAUUGCAGCUCCUAAAUUUUGUUUCAUAAUCUCCAAUACCUUUUUCUUUUUCUUUUUUUCAAAUUUUUACAGCCAAAAAAAAAACCCAGAAACAGAAGAACACCAACAUAGAACACGAGGGAAGGAAGAAAAAAAAAGGGAAAAAUGACAAGACAAAAAAUAGAGAUAAAGAAAAUAGACAACAUAGCAGCAAGACAAGUGACAUUUUCAAAGAGGAGAAGAGGGCUAUUCAAAAAAGCUCAUGAACUUGCAACUCUCUGUGAUGCUGAUAUUGCUCUCAUUGUUUUUUCUGCUUCUGGAAAGCUUUUUGAUUAUUCUAGCUCAAGCAUGCUGGAUUUACUAAGAAGACAUAAUAUGCUACCGGAGCUGAAUAGCAUUAGCCAACCUCCAUCCCAGUUGGAAAAGAGUGCCCAUGCUAAAUUGACUGAAGAAUUUGCAGCCAAGACCAAAGAACUUAGGCAUAUGAAGGGAGAGGAGCUUCAAGAACUUGGAAUAGAAGAAUUAAAGCAGUUGGAGAAAUUGCUUGAGAAUGGUUUGAAUCGUGUAAUAGAGACCAAGGAUGAAAAGUUUCUUAAAGAAAUUGUUACCGUAAAGGAGAAGGAAAGCUUGCUAAUGAAAGAGAAUCAGAGACUGAGGAAUAAAUUAAUGGAAACCUUGAUCAAUAGAGAUGAUCAGCAAGAAGAAGAAGAAGCUGUGGUUCUUAUUGCUGGAAAUUCUGUGGGUUCAAAGUCAAAGUCAAACACCAGCAACAGCAGCUCCUCACAAAACCCUAAUUCUCAAGAUUAUGAUGACAUUUCUCUUAAAUUGGGUCUUUGAAGGCACCAAGUUAUGCAUGCAGUUAGUUCUUUGCAGCAAAAAGGCAAUGCAAAACACAGCCCUUCUCUAAUGGAAGCUUUACUAAUCACAUGGACUGCCAAAGCACGAUCCUGUUUACAUAGAGAAAUUAAAGGAUGUCAAAAAGGCAUGCUUUUCCUUACCAUAUUGUACUUAUUUUAAUCCCAAUUCUUUUAAUUAGCACAGAAUAUAUGAUAUGUGUUUUCAAUACCAAAAAAGAAAAGUGUUGGAUACUAUAUAUGAGUAUUUACUGUUUCUCUGCAUAUCAAUUGAGUAAGAGUUGGAUAUACAGAA